UCCAAUAGACGUAGAAAUGAGUGCUAUUCAUGGCGAACAUUCGCCAGAAUUAGAUAUAAACGCAUCAAUCGAUAUUAAUGGAAACACAGAAGAACUGGAAGGCGCUCUAAUACGUUAUAUAACCACUUCUAGUCGGUUUCUUUUUGUUGAACGAGAAGAAACUUGGAAUGAUUUUCUAUUAGCAAGCAGGGAUAAUAGUGAAAAGUUCGGCGAGUAUACAACAGAGCAGCUAUGUGAUCGUUUCCAGCAAAAAGUGCUGCCGAAUAUUUACAACUACGAACUUACGCAGCAACAAAAACAGUUAUUGGAUCUGUUGAAAUUACACCCCGAAUAUGAACGUACAGCUAAUGGAUAUAUUCGCAUGUCCGUUGAUCGUCGCAUCGGAUAUGAACGCCGACCGAAAGAAGGCGAGAGUUUCUUGAUGGUUAGCCGUACGCAUCAGCUGCGCCAACUGAUAAAUGAAUCUACCCUAACAAUCACUGAAAUGGAAGCAAAUAAGGAAUUUGAUCUAACUAAGCCAAGACUUUCACCAACCCACACCCUACUACUACGUGUACCAUACGAGCGGCAAGGCACAGGCUAUAAUUACCAGUUUUCAAAACAAAACGCUGCUUUAAUCUCAGCUGCGCUCUCUAACGAUUUCGAACUGUUUGGUCGAAUGUUAAUAGAACCAAGAGAACUACAUAGGCGCUUAAGAAUUGCAAAGCGCGAUUUCGAGCAAUAUGGUCGCAUACCUGAGAAUUGUUUAGAUGCCGAUAAAUUACUUGCAAAAAUCAGAAAACUGAAGACCCUUCGAGAAGCAAUAGUGAAUGUAUUUUCUAGUCGUUUUUAAGUUAUGAUA